AUGGCUCCCUCCAAAAGCACCCAUAAAACACCCCCGCAGCCAGUCCCUGACGACCCUCCACAGUCUCAAUGUACGACUAUCCAACUAGUAAAGCACGCUGAACGUGAUCUCACGUACAAUGAGAUGCACUAUCGACAGACGCAGAUCUAUCUUCGACACCAGGAAAUCGAGCUUGCGAAAGCCGAGCGUCAAUUUCGAGAGCAGCGUUGGUGGGAUAUUAGUCAUGUCGCUGUCUUGGGCACGAUGACGCUGUCUGUUGCCUUUAUAUUUGGGGUCAUCGGCUGA